CAAUGUGGGUGACGUAGAUAAGUUAAAAUGGGGAAAUUGCCUGGUUCAAAUGUCACCUUUGUCUGGGUAGAAGUUUCAGUCGCUAUUUCCUCUCAUUUGAGAGUUACAUGUAGUUCCAGUUCCAACACUCUGUAACAGCGUACUGAUGUCAUGAUCUUCUACAUGAAAGUCCUUUCCACUCUUCUGUGUAUACUGUUACUUCACCAAAAUGCAAGCGCAUUUUGUCCAGCAGGUCAGAGAGAAAAUUAUAUGACGAAAAAAUGUGAGGCCUGUCCAAAUACCCAAUACAGAUCUACAGGUGGAACAUAUUUUUACUGUGAGAACUGCAGCAAAUGUAUAAAAUAUAGUAUCGAGCUCAAUUCUUGCACAUCUACAAGUGACACUAAAUGCAAAUGUAAAAAAGGCUUUACACCCAUUGAUUGGAAAGGAAGUAUAAAGGAAGAAAUCUGCUUUUGUAAAAAAGGUUCUGGAAUAUAUGAAAAAGGAAUAUGCAAAAAAUGUGAGGAUGGCUUCUUUACAGACAAAGAAGACUCGAUUUGUCAAAAAUGGAGAGAGUGUGUAAGUGGGAUUGGGAUCCCAGGCACCAGCACUUCUGAUGUUGUCUGCAAAAAUGCCUCGAUAGAGGUGACAAAAACUCCCAAAACCCAUACUACUCCAUUCCAGACAACAACAAUUUCUUCUACAUCCACUUCAAGAACUACAGACUCCUCUUCCAACAACACACAAGAAAACAGCUUCUACAGCUUGUGGCUGGUCAUGCUGUGCUCUGGUAUUCUUCUGCUGGCUGGAGUCCUCUACCACAAGUGUAAAGUCUCCCACUGUAUUCAUAACCACAAGAAAAUGGAUUUUCGAAAAGAAAGUGUAUGCAGAAAGCCUGUUGAAGAAUCUGGGGAAAAGUGCCAUUCUAUGCUUGUCUAACGAUGUUGUUGAUGGCCUUAGUGUUUCUUUUUGUGGAAUAUAUUUAAUGCAUGCAAUUUAAGUUGUUUUAUAACUAGUUUAAUUGCUGUUAACUUGUAUAAAUUUCCACUUAAUAACACCACUUAAAGGGAUAGUUCACCCAAAAAUGAAAAUUCUGGCAUCAUUUACUCAUGCUCAAGUUGUUUCAAAGCUGUAUGAGUUUGUUUCUUCUGUUCAACACAAAAGAAGAUAUUUUGAAGAAGAAUGUUGGUAACCAAACAUUUGAUGGUAGCCAAUGACAUUUUUUUUGUACUAUGGAAGUAAAUGGCUACCGUCAACUGGUUGGGUACCAACAUUCUUCAUUCAUCGAUAUGAUGAUAGAAUUUUUAUUUUUGAGUAGGAUGACCAUACGUCCUCUUUUUACCGGACAUGUCCUCUUUUUGGACCUUGAAAAAUGCGUCCAGCCGGGUUUUUCUAAAUUGUCCAAAAUAUCCAGGAUUUGGCUUUUGCUUUCUAUAGUCGCCAUUCAUUGUUUUUCGUUUUUGUAUUAGAGCCCUGUGUCCAUUACCGCCCGCUGCCACAAACAUUCUAAUAUUGCAUAUAAUUCUUGCGCAUCAGGGGGCUGCUAUCAAUAUGUGUAGAACAUAAUCUUUUUUGAAUGAGCGCUCGCUGUUCACUUUCACUUUCUAUUUCCAAUCACAUGCGCCCUGUGGAAGACCAGAUAUUUGUCAAUGAGCUCAGGAUCUUUUGAGCAGCAAAUCUUUCAGCAUGGUAUGCCAGUCAUUCCUCCUCUCAACCCUUGACCAGUCAAAUCUGACUCCUGCAGCUCAUGUUGGAUGCAUGGUUGUCAAGUGCGCGUGUUUUUUUAUAUGUUUUUUAUGGAAUUGUUUCCAUGGCUUGAUUUUCCCACGUGGGUUAAAGGUUAGAAAUUUAGCAUAAAUUACAUUUUACUGAAAUGCUUGUAAUGAAACAUUUUGCAUUCUAUCUAUGAUAAAACUUGUUCUAGAUGUUAGGUUUUGUGAAGGACAGCCACUGGUAGGAAGCUUUUUAGCUGUGUUUAUGAUAAAUAUGCUGUGUUAAGUUUGACAGGAAGUUUUGAUUUAGUCUAAAGGUCCGAAAGUCUGAAAGUUGUUUUCAGAAAUUUUUGCAUGUUGAAAAAUAAAUACAACCUCACGUUGCGUCAAUCAUGUUUACACACUGCCUCCGAAACUUUCGUUUGUCAUAAAAAAAAUUGGAUCAGGUUUGAUUUUCUGCGUUUUCACAUCCGUAGCAUGCAAUUUGAUAGGAAAUACAAGAAAAA